GUCGUCACUUCCGGGACGCUUCCGCCGCGGUGCCUUGUGGGUAGCCGGCCAGGGGUCUCCUGGCGACGACCAUGGCGGGGGAUGUGGGCGGUCGCAGCUGCACGGACGCGGAGCUGCUGCUGCACCCUGAGCUGCUGUCCCAGGAGUUCCUCCUCCUCACCCUGGAGCAGAAGAACAUAGCUGUUGAAAAUGACGUAAGAGUAAACAAGGACAACCUUACUGACCUUUACGUCCAGCAUGCCAUCCCAUUGCCUCAGAGGGAUUUGCCAAAGAAUAGAUGGGGGAAGAUGAUGGAAAAGAGAAGAGAACAGCAUGAAGUGAAAAUUGAGACCAAAAGGAGCACUGCCGUGGACGGACUGCGGAAAAGGCCCCUCAUUGUGUUCGAUGGGAGCUCCACAAGCACAAGCAUCAAGGUGAAGAAGACCGAGAAUGGAGCAGAUGACCGGCUCAAGCCUCCGGCCCAGACAGGCUCUUCCCGUGAUGCCUUUCGGAAAUUACCAAAUUCCUCUUCAGGGGUUUCACCCCUAGCCUUGUUUUCCAGUUUGUCUACGAACAAUAAAAUGGAGCACAAUAAUAAUGACACUAAACAGAACCAUGACUUAACACAUAGGAAAAGUCUUUCGGGUCCUGUGAAGUCGCCGCCUUUGUCCCCUAUUGGAACUACUCCCGUGAAAUUGAAGCGGGCUGCUCCUAAGGAAGAGGCUGAGGCCACGAAUCACCUGAAGCCUCCAGAAACAAAGAGGAAGAUACAGCAUGUUACAUGGCCGUGAAGGGAAGCCUCCGAAAUGUAAAUAGAGUUGCAGCUGCCGUUUUCAGAUGAGUCCACAGUAUUUACUGAGGUCCUGAUUACUGUGGGAUUUUCUUGAGGUUUAAAAUAGGUUUGGAAAAAUAAAAGUCUUUCCCUUCCCUCCCAACCCCCUCCCUCCAUUCCUUCUUCCCUUCCUUAAAAUGUCUUGACUUUCGUGACCCGACUAGGGAAGAAUUUUUUUUAAUAUAGCUUUGUAUACAUCCUUUAUAAAUUUCUUUUCCCAAGCAGAAGCAUAUAGCAAUUGGCAGUAUUCUGGUAAAUAUUGCCACCUGCAUCGUGAAGGGUUUGCCAAGGGAAGUGUGUUGAUGGUGUUGCUCAUGCCGCUGUGUCCCCCUGAAGGCAGAAGGGGACAGAGUUUGCUCUCACUUUCUUCUCAGCAGCAGAAGCUGCUCAUGUGUCUUUAGAACAUUCUGUCGUGCAGGGAUCCUGCCUACUCUUUUCUUGUAGGUCUUGUGGUCUCAUUGUGAGUUCAGCCAUUUCUUCCAAGUUCUCUCUUUUUAAAAUGAGACUGAUUUCAAAGUCUUCAGGCUGGGUGAUCACGUGAGAGGCGGUACUUGACAGCAGAAAGUUUGGCAUGAUGGGUGCCAGAAUUCUAGACAUUAGGAGAGUCCAGAAGAUGUGACAGUGGUGGAGGGAGGUGCUUAUUGGUCUGCUGUGGAGUGGGCAGUCGUUGUCAGGCCCCUGGAAUUGGGAUUCACUGUAGAGUGCAGCAGAGAAGUGGACUCCUAGCUGACGUGCUAUAAUACAGCUCCCUGCAGGGCUGUCCCAUGCAGGGUUAACUGACCGCCUUUUUACUUUUGUGCAGAUAGCAUUAGCCACUUGUAUAGUGCAAGUGAGUGAGAAAAUACUAUUUGUUUUACAUCCAUGACUUCUAGUAUCUGCUCCCUCCUUUAUAUUUCUAACUGAGAGUAAAGAUACUUCAUACCUUUUCCAUGUAUAAUCUUCAGAUUGGUGGUUUGCCUUGUUGGUAGGCCUUAGGGUCAUCUCCUUUCUUUGAUUUGUUAAAACAAGCAUUUUAGAUGGGUUAUCAGCUAGCCUUAUAAAACAUAAUUCAGCCUUGCAGGUAAGUACUGUUCUUAGACAUCAACCCUGUAGUUUUUUAGCGUUCUACUUUUUUUCCAGACUAAAUUUGUACACAUAAGACAAAAUUGAUGCAUAUUAAGUGUUGCAUGAAUUGUUGAUGCUACAGUAAGAUUUUAAAUGUAUUGUUAUCUGCAGGGCUGAUUAAUGGCUAUUGUUGAUAGGAACUGUGCUCCUAUUUGUACUUGUCAAGGGAGAUUUGAAAAGUGCAGCUUUUAGAGUAGACUGACACAUUCUAUUUUAUAUUCAGUUGACCCUUCUGCUUCCACGGCAUUUCUCUCUUUGAAGAGAGAGUUAGCCAUUUGACAGUUUUAAGUCAGUGGGCACUUAUUUUUAGUUACUCAGUGAAAUUAAUUUUUAAUUUGUAUAUUUAACUUACAGAGUAGGUUGGUAAUAACAGCUGAACUGUGUAACAUUGUUGCUUCAAAUUGAAGUUUAUACUAUGAGCAUUCAGCAUUCUACACUCAUGUAGCAGCAUAUUAUUGAGCUGUAUGGAGUUUGAGAGGUGGAGAAGCAUUGCACCAUGCACUGUGUAUUACCUACUCCCUGUCACAGAGCUCUGUGCCUCCUAAAGGGAUGGAGUUGGCUUCCUUGCUGUAAUGAAGUGUGCCAAGCGCUGGGAAUCUUGAGAAGCAGCCUUGGGAGACUCGUUCUGAGGUGGUGUUUCCAUGUGGGUUAGAAGGACUCACUGUGAGUGGUGAGCAAUUCUGGAGUAACUUCACUCACUAACAUGCUGUCCAUUCUGUGUCCCAGUGAGGCCAGCUGCUCUUAUUACUGGGUUGGCAAACGGAUGGCGCUGGAGUCAGUGGGGAGCUUAUGAGGUACCAGAGGCAGCAUGUCUGCUGCCGUCAGCAAGUUGGCCUUGUUCUUUCCUCCCACCUGUUGUGGACCUCCUACUCUCCCAUUCUCCUUCUUCCUCUAGGUCUCAGCUUCAGACUUAGCUUUGCGAGGUGCAUUGUGUCUGUGACUUUGCUCCAUUCACUAAGGGGUGGAGAUAGUCUAACCCCAGUCCUCUUACUUCUGAGGGAUCAUAGACCACUGUGUGGACCCUGCAGUCUGGAACCCUGCAGCAUCAGGGCACUCCAUUGCUUCCCAAAGGCUGUUACAGCAGCAUAGUUUUCCAGAGUAGCCUUAUUAGUCUAGACAGCUGCCAGAGUCUUGAAGAGUGGCUCACUACUACCAUGAGGCUGUAUUUGCUGGUAUGGAAAUUCAUCAGAAUUGAAGUUCUCAUUUGAAAUUCUGUUUUGGUUGACUUAAGUUUGAGAGACAGUUUUAAAACUGAUGUAGAGACUCAUUCAACAGCAAUGACCUUUUAAAAACUUACAUUAAGUAAAACUGCCAGUAGAUUAAAUCAUCCCGGUGUGUUAGAGCUUUCUCUAUGUCCUGCUGUGGAACUUGAGCAUUGUUGAGAGAUUACUAAUUGGUCAACAUGUUUUUAAGUGUGCUUUUACUAAAUGCUUGUGUGAGUUUUGUAAUUCAGUAUAGAAAAGGUUGACCUUGUAAUGUAUGGUUUUUGUAUGUAUAGUCUUUUAAGUAGCCUUGUCCUUAUUUAAAUAAACUGAAUAAAAUUA